AUGUCUCUGAUGAUGCAGCUCCUGAUCUUGGUCCUGCUUCCUGUGGCCUUUUGCCUUCCCCCUGGGUCUCAGGCUGGUGAGAUCAUUGGGGGCUGGGAAGCCAAGCCCCACUCGAGACCCUACAUGGCCCAUCUGGAAAUACAACACAGAGGGAAGUCGAAUAUCUGUGGAGGGGUCCUGGUGUCGGAGAACUUCGUGCUGACGGCCGCUCACUGCAAUGGAGACAAGAUCACUGUCACGCUGGGAGCCCAUAACAUUAGAGAACGGGAACGGAGCCAACAGAAAAUCUCCGUGCGCCACCGGAUCCCCCACCUGCAGUACAAUGACACCACCCUGAACAAUGACAUCAUGCUGCUGCAGCUGGCAGAGAGAGCGAAGCUGAACGGAUGGGUGGAUACCAUCGUCCUGCCCUGCGCCAACGAGAGAGUAAAAGCAGGGACCAUGUGCAGCGUUGCCGGCUGGGGCAGAACUAGCACAGAGAGUGAAUCAACUUCGGCCAGGCUCCGGGAGGUGAACGUGGUUGUGAUGCAGGAUGCUGCAUGUUCGAGGAAUCCUAAUGGGCUAUAUUAUCACUAUGACUCCUCCACCAUGAUGUGUGUGGGGGAUCCAAAGACGGGCAAAGACUCUUGGAAGGGCGAUUCUGGGGGCCCCCUGGUGUGUGGGAAAAUAACCCAGGGCGUCGUCUCCUGGGGGCCUCCCACCCCUCCCGGGGUGUACACGAGAGUCUCCACCUUCAUCCCCUGGAUACGGGCGACGAUGAGGAGGCUGCAGCGCUGAGCCAAGCCGGGAAUAGCUGCAGGGGCUGGAGCUGCGUCACUUCUGUCCUUUGGUGAUGCCCAGAUGUAGGGCCUGGUUUGCAGAUUGGCUGAGCUCCCCUUUCGCUAGGAUAGCCCCCCCCCCCUUCGCUUCACUCAGGCAGUGCCCAGCCCAUGAGCAUCAAGGCAGUGAGCCUAGGGGAGUUAGGAACCAGGUUCAAGACCAGCUCCUAUCCGCUCCCUUGGCAAUCCCAACCCAGACCCUUAAGCUGCAUCUUUGUAGGGAAACAGCUGAUUUAUUUUUCCUGGGGUAAUGGACACAAACCAAACCCUGGGACAGACCCAGCAGUUUGUAGCUCUCUGCCAUGUCAGCCAGUCGAGUGACCAUUUAUUGGGGGAUCUUCAUUGGUACUUGACCUGCUAAAGCCUGUGAAAACUGCAGCCUGGCCUGGCCUCACUGGAGCUAUC